GGCUGCAGUAACUCAAAGGCGUUUACGACGAUGACGUGUAUAGCAACAUCUCAAGGUUCAGCUGAAACGAAGGUCAAAGUCGGCGAUCUGAUGGCAAAACUAGGCGAAACUACCAAGAAUUUAACGGCUACCAGCACUAAAGUAGUCAAUCUCAACACAAUACUUUUUGGCACUAACCAGAACUUGGAAGCCACUUCAAAAGAUUUGACGGCUACCAAGACCAAACUUGACACGAUCAGCAAGAAUUUACGAAAUACAACUCACGAUUUAGAAGUUACGCAAGUUGAGUUGACAGAUACCAAGACUAAGGUUGGAAAACUGAGUGGAAAGCUAGAUGUCACUACCCGAUGUCUCGACGAAACUACGAAAGAUCUGAACGUCACCAAGGGAAAACUUGAGAACACAAACAUGGAACUAAAAGAUGCAAUCAGGCGGUUGACUGGAACAACAAAGGAAGUGGCCGACACCAAGACGAAAAUUGUCAAUUUGAGCACCGAAUUGGAAGGUUCUCUUCAAAAUUUGGCAGCAACUUCGAAAGAUUUAGCGGAUACCAAGACCGAAGUUCGCGGUAUCAGAACAGAUUUGCAAGCAACAUCGAAGGGAUCAGCUGAAACGAAGGUUCAAUUAGGAGAGCUAAUGACAAAGUUAAGCGAAACUGCCAAGAAUUUAACAAAAACCAACACGAAAGUUGAGGAUCUGAACACUAUCCUUUUUGGCACUACCCAAACACUGGAAAGAACUACGAAAGACUUGACGGACACAAAAACCAAACUUGAGGCUAUGAAUAUGGACUUGAAAAACGCAACUCUUGGAAUGGCAGUGUCCAUCAGAAAAGAUGGCACGAAUUAUGACGCCAAGGCCAUUGAGGCUAUCAAGGAGAAACUUGAAGAAGUUGCGAAACGGUCCAGAGAAACAAAAUCCAAACUGGAGAGCCUUGGCACCAAUUUGAACGCUACAAUGAAAGAUCUGACGGACACCAAGACUGAGGUUGAUGUCAUAAAAACUGAUUUGCAAGUGACUUCACUAAGCUCAUCUGAAACCAAAACGCAAAUCGGGACUCUUGCAACCAAGUUGGACGCGGGUACAAGUGCCGCAUCGAUUGAUAGAAUCCCCAAUUCGUGUAAAGAUCUAAUGGAUAUUGGACAUAGGAAAAGCGGAUUAUAUUCCGUAAUGGGGAAAAAGCAAAUCGAAACUGUUUACUGCGAUUUCACCAAACAACCCAACGGAGCGGAUUUUCAGAAAUGGAUUGGUUACGAGGACGUGAAAUCAACACCAACUUACUUUUACGUCCAGAAAAAUACCGGAUUCUCCACGAUGAAUACUCCGAUUCCUUACGAAAUUGAAGUGGUGAACACUGGAGAUGCCAUGGAUAAAUCAACGGGAAUUUUCACGACCCCUCGUGAUGGAACUUAUUUCUUCUCCUUCACCGGAGUGGCAAUCUUCCCACCAUCUCCGUCUAAGCUUGGAGUAAGUCUUUUCCUAAACGGCGAUGCAGUCGGGUUAAGUUUCGUACGUGAUGGCAACCCACCGGAGGAUCACAUCGUCCCGGUUACCCUUCAAUCCACACUCAAGUUGAAAGCGGGAGACAAAAUUUGGGUCCAGAUCAAAUACCUUUCCCCCAAGGGGGUCGAGCUGUUUGACGAUUCAGACAACCAGACUCACUUCACUGGUUUCAUUUUACAGGAAGAUAUUUCGUCAUAAAGAUGUUCAUGUUAUACCUGAAAGUUAAAUUAUUUUUUAGCGAAAUACAAUAUUACAUAUUCAAGAGUUCUAAAUGUUAUUAUUAAUGGGGCCAAAAUUUUUAUUUAAAAAUGCACAAAAGAUUAAUAGUUACGGAGGACAGUGAUAUUAUACUCAAGUUAGGAUUUUUUACCUGACAACCUACCUCAACUUGACCGUUGAAAAUGAAGAAGUUAUUGAACCCGGAAAGGUAAAAAGACAAUAAAUUUUCCGUGAUCCGGUAACCUUGAAUGUCAAGCCACCCCAAUAAAUAUUACCUGUUCCUUCGUCUACAUCCCAUUUUCCCCUCCUAAAACACUUAAAUAUGGGUGAAAUGUUACGAUGGUCAUGGGAAGAGGUUACUGACCGACAUAACAAUUUACUCGACUCGGCUGCCCUAUAUAAACCCAGAGAACUAUUGCAAAUUUACCUUCAGAUCGAAGAACACAUCCCCUCCGUCAAGAAGUACGUCCAUAUUCUGACAAUGCGCUCAUUUAAUUUCCCAAUACAAUUGGUUUACAUCUUCGGUAUAGUCUCGUUCAAAGGUAAGAUUCCAAUUUUCUAUUCCACUAUUCAUUUCUUACCACACAAUUCGUGAAUGCAGUGCAAGCUAGUGAACAGUAUGCAGUGAAGGUGGACCAAGCAGGAUCGGACGAACCAGUGAUUGAAAUGCA